ACUACGAAAGACGUUAAUUUAAAUUUUAUACUCAAACCUAAAUAACAUUUUGUUCAGAUAGUGAAUUGAAAUUAAACCGAAAAAAUAUUAAAAUUAUUUUUUUAAACUUCCAGAUGUCGAAAAUGGAUCUAAGAAAAUCAGUUCUGACAAAACAAACUCAAAAUGUUUUAAAUGAGUCUGUUGGAAAUGCUUCAAGUGCCUCAAUGUACGAAUCUGCCGUUGACGAAAGUGAUAAUUCUCUUUAUUAUUCCUUCACAAAUGAAUCGUUAGAAUCAGAAGGAUUAUCAGAGAAAAGCCAAAUUGAGUCUAUAAACAGUUCUGUAAGCAGCGUAAUAAGUGAAGCUGACAAAGAGAAUACAAUCAUAAGAAGAGAGUCGUUUACCAGAAAGCAAUUAUUGAUGGAAGUUGAAACGGAUUCAGAAACUAAAUCAAUUAUUGUGAAUGAGAAAUCACUUUUGAUAACUUCGGAAUCCAUGGAAAGUGAAGUUAAAGAAGUUCUUGUAAAUCAACCCUUAGAUCAAAAAGUUGAGAAUUUAGAGAAGCAACAAGAAAAAGUAACAGAAAUGGAAACAAACAUCCAUGAAGAAGAUUCGAUCGAGCAAUCCAUGAAAAAUGAUAAUGAUUUUAUCGAGCAAUCAAUGAAAAGUGACAAAGAAAAUGAAAAGGAAAUGAAAGGUUCUUCCUCCAGUUCUCCAAUUAUUACAUAUGAUUUAACAAAAGACGAAGACACUCCUCCUGUUACAGAUAAAAUGAUGGAAACCUCAGAUAAUAAUGCAAUUCAAAACGAAGUCGAACACUUUAUUCCUAAUCAAGAAGUUGUCAGAUCCUUGAACAUCCAUUCCAGACCUGGUUCACCAGCUGUACGUGUUCAGAUCAUCAUAGAAGAUCCAAAUGCAAACAUUGUCAAUCCUUUCACAUUUAUAAAUGACAUUCAGCCUCCUGCUUUGGAGCGUCCAUCAGUAAGUGUGAAUAUUCAAUCAAAACCAAAGCCUGAAAUUCCAGAACAAAAAAAGCCGCGAAGAUCGACAAGAAUCCCUUCACAAACGCAUUUUUAUUCACCAAUCAUUCGGAAAUCUUUGGAGCGUAAAUCACUUGAUAAGAAAGCAAAAGUUCCAACGACACGUCGUACAAUUUUUGAUGGACCUAAGAAAGCAGGAACCUCAGGUGAAAGCUCAAGUGAAAUUCCUAGACCUUUAAUAAAAAAUAAAAUGUUCAAAUGCACUUCAACAAAAGAGUGUAAAGAUGAAUUUCCAACAUUUAAGUCUUAUCAAGAGCAUUUGAAAAGUCAUAAAACUUCAAUCGCAUCAAAGUCGAGCACGAAUUUCACUUGCAAAUGGUGUGGAAAGAAUUUCAAGCUUUCUUCAGCUCUUCUCAAUCAUCAAACCGAAAUGUGCACAAAGAUUCCAUUCAAUGAAAAACGCAAAAUGCUUACAGAGACUGAAAAGAAGGAAUCAGCUCGUCGUCGUACAAUGCUCUUCACCGCUCCAUUGCCUAAAAUGAGAUCACCAGCAGCUCGAAAGCGAUCUCGUUGCACUCCAAGCCCAAAAAGUGUGAAGAAAUCAGGAGUAAAAGUAACACCAAAGCGAAACCUUAAAUGUCAUCUUUGUCCAUCGGUUGUUCCAGACGCCAUCGCCCUCGCAACUCAUGUCUUGGCUCACAAGUUUGAAAAGGAAAAAGCAGCCAAACAAGAGCAAGAAAAUUUAAAAAAAAUGUAA